AUGGUGGUGAUUGACGAAGGUAGAACAGGGAUGAUUUCGGAGGAAAGUGGGACUGUUGAUUCAGGGUCUGAGGAAUUUGAAAGCCUUGCUGAGGGGGUAUAUAAUCCAAGUGAUUACAUUACGUCAAUAGGCCAAGUUAGACCAAAUGUGGAAUUGCCGGUGAGAGCAGAGAUUUGUGUAAUACGGGGGGACGAACUUGAUCAGAGGAUAGAUGACUGGCAGCCAGAACAGGGCCUGUUAGAGACAAGGGCAUCAGCUGUGGCCGGAAGGGCCAUGAAUCAGAACACAUCACCGGAGAGCGCUGGCGCCAAGAAUGUCACUCGGGAUUUGGGCAUUUUGAAUACAAGAAAUGUCGAACAGCAGGUUGCACUCACGCAGUUAGAAUGGAAAGGGAUCGAAGAUUCUGAGAAAGCCAGAAAAGGCAAAGCUCCUGUGGGGAUUGAACGUGCUGGGUGCACAAGAACAGAACAUACUGCGAGUAUAGGAACGCAAGAGGAGAAGGGGAUUGUUGAGCCAAAAUCUGAGGAAUCUAGGAAUUCAACUGAGGAAGCCUACAAUCUGAGUGAUUAUAUUCUGUUAGUAGGCCAGGUUCGGCUCAUUGUAGAAUUGCCGGAGAGGGCAGAGUUGUGUAUGAUCCGAGGGGAUAGAUUUGAGCAGUGGACAGAUAAUUUGACGGCUAUGGAAGAGGACCUUGCCAACCUCCAGUUUUUCAAUGACCAAGACCCAGGGGACGCAACAGUCGACUGGAUCAAGAAAGGCCUGAAUUCUACCUUCUUAACCCUGAUUCCAAAAAUUCCAAACCCAUCUUCUUUAUCUGAUUACAGACCCAUCAGUUUGUUAGGCUGUAUUUAUAAGGUUCUAGCCAUGGUCUUAUCAAGUAGAUUGAAAUCGGUUUUGCCAAAUUUGAUCGAUGAAACUCAAUCAGCUUUUGUAAAAGGGAGGCAAAUCUUGGAUGGUAUUCUCAUCGCCAAUGAAGUUGUUGAUUUGUGGAAGCGCAACUCUUCAGGUGGGCUUCUUCUCAAAUUGGAUUUUCAGAAGGCUUUUGAUAGUGUCAAUUGGAACUUUCUUUUUCAUAUUCUUCAAAAUUUCGGUUUUGGUGAAAAGUGGAUCUCUUGGGUUAAGGAAUGUGUUUCUUCCCCUCAUAUUUCUGUUUUGGUGAAUGGAUCCCCCUCUCAAGAAUUUCCCCCUCAGAGAGGCUUAAGGCAAGGUGACCCUCUCUCCCCCUUUCUCUUUAAUCUUGUGGUUGAAGGGCUAAAUUUUCUCAUCCAAAGAGCCAAAAAUCUCAAUCUUAUCAAGGGAGUGGAUAUCGGUGGCUCGGGGUUGAACCUUUCACAUCUGCAAUUCGCAGAUGACACUCUUAUGUUCUGCAAUCCAGAUUGGGAUGAGAUAAUAAAUCUGAAAAGAAUUCUCAGUUGCUUCGAGUUAAUUUCCGGACUGAAGAUUAAUUACCAAAAGUCUGUAAUUUGUGGAGUUGGGGUUAACAGGGACUUCACCUCUCAAGUAGCCGAAUUCUUCAACUGCAGGGUGAGCUCGUUACCAAUCAAUUAUCUUGGAAUGCCUCUAGGGGCCAACCCAAAAAGACUGUCUACUUGGGAGCCUAUCAUAAACAAAGUGAAGAAAAGACUAGCCUCAUGGAAGAAGAGGUAUCUUUCUCUUGGAGGGAGAAUCACUUUGAUUAAAUCUGUACUUUCUUCACUUCCAAUCUAUUAUAUGUCCCUUUUCAAAAUUCCUACCCAAGUGGCAAACCUUAUUGAUAAAUAUCAGAGAUCCUUUUUAUGGGGGGAUAGUGAUGCCAAAAGGAAAUUACAUCUUCUCAACUGGGAGGCAUGCUCUGUUAGCAAACACUUUGGAGGUUUGGGCUUCAGAAAGACUAAGGAAGGCAAUGAUACUCUCCUAUGCAAAUGGUGGUGGAGAUUCGCCACCGAAAAAAGUUCCUUGUGGAGGAAAGUUCUUUGUGCCAAAAACAAUGUGAACGAAGACUGUUGGUUACCAAAUGGUUCAAGCUUCAGAUUUUCAUCUGCAGUGUGGAAAAGUAUCUCAACUAUGGAAAGGUAUGGAUCUAGAGCAAUUGCAUUAUUUUUGGAAAAUAUUCAGUUCAAGCUAGGGGAUGGUAAAAGAAUUAAAUUUUGGUUGGAUACUUGGGUCUCAUGUACUCCUUUGGCCAACCUCUAUCCUAGACUUUUCUCUCUAGCUACAAGCAAAGAUUCAUUCGUCCACCAGUAUUUGUAUCAGGCUGCGGAUAAUCAAACUCAUUGGAAUAUCUCAUAUAGGAGAACCCUGAGAGCUUGGGAAGAUGAGUUGCAUCUUGAGCUGAUUAGUAGACUGCCAAAACCUCUCAGCAUUAAUAACAAUUGUGUGGAUCAUCUGUUAUGGACUCCUUUCCCAUCAGGCUCUUUUACAGUUAAAUCUCUUUAUGAAAUUUUUGAAAAUUCUCUUCGUUUAACCCCUUUUCUGAUUAUGAAGAUGUGA